UAGGUAUCCUGUUGCCACCGGAGCAUAGGAGUCUUCAAUCUUUUAAUCAUUCAACUGAUCAAGUUUUACUGGUUUGACCUUGCUGUUAAGCAGUCUUCGGCUUUCUUACUGAGCAGAAAAAAGGAUGAAUAUAAUGAAACACCAAACAGAAAGGCUGUUGCUUGAUUUUCAUAGGUCUUCACUGUGUUUCCUUUGAUUAAGGGAGAACAUUUCCUGCCAGCUGGCAAAAGGCAAGACUUAGUAAUGUGUGAUGCUCAAGUGACUAUCUUGGGAGUAACUGCAAAGAGAAGUAUGCCCAGAAAUGAUGGGUUGACUUUCAUGCAGCAAGAAACAGGACCAGUAUUUAUAGGAGGCUUACCACAUCGUUAUGCAACAAAGCAGGUGACAGAACCUGUCUACAAUUUUACAGGCUGUAUAGAAGUUACAGAAAUCAAUAAUCUGGGACCUUUCACCCGUUCUAAUGCGGUGGACAAAAACAAUAUUGACAGCUGCAGGUUUCCUGAAUCUGAAGAAACCUCAACAGUCAUCUCUGGCACAGUUUCCAAGGUGUCUGAAGUAUGCGAGUCAGCUUUGCCCUCACCCACUCAACCUGCAUUAUUGUCAAUCUGCCAGCAGAAUUUGUGCCAUAAUGGAGGGUCUUGUCAUCAGAUUGAUCUUCCUGAUGGUGCAGCUUCAUUUCAGUGUGACUGCCCGCUACAUUUCACAGGGCGUUUCUGUGAAAAAGGGAAUUAA